AUGGGUACAGACUUUUUAGGGGGUAUGGACUACAGAGGUACUGAUGCUACAUUGAGUAUGGACACUAUAGUGUGUACAGACACUACAGGGGGUAUGGACACUUUGUCGGUACGGACACUAAGGGGGUAUGGACACUACAGGGGUACGGACACUACAGGGGUACCGACAACACUGGGGCUUGAGAAACUGCUGCAGGAGGAGAGGGAUAGGGCAUCACAUCCCCCGGCAGACAUGCUGGUACUGCAGGCUGAACUGCAGAGGGAGAGAGAACGACUGAGUCAGGACAAGGCCGUGUGUGAACACCAGAAACAACAGCUCAAGAACGAGCUAGACACUGAGGUCAGCAGGAGUAAUGAGCUGCGUAGACGACAUGACGAGCAGACGCGACUGUUGAACCAGACAGAACGGGAGGUCGCCGACCUCAGGCUGGCUCUUCAGCAAACUCAACUGGCCUUGCAGAAUGAGAUCUACAGAAAUCCCAAACCUUCAGUUAUUAACAGUCACAGGUCCUCCACCCCUUCCUCUGAUGACGACUUGCUCAGACCUUCCAACUCUGACCUCUACAUGGACACAAGUCUGAGGAAGACCAGGGUGGAUCCUGCCCUCCAAUUGGUCGGUGGUUACCGUAGCAACAGGAUGAGUGACAGGCCUGGCAGAGGCAGUCGACCUGACAGGUCCCUUGGGUUUAUAGAGGAGACAAAGCAGAGGUUUUUGGAGCUGGAAAGAGAGGCUGAGAACUUGGAGAAGACGUACCAGACGUAUCAGCAGAGGAUGGGCACCAUUCCGUCAUUACCGCGGGAUCCAGCGCAAGGAAUCAUCGGCCGCCAGCACACGUCUCCUCCCCGCCCCGUACACCACGUGUCCUGGGCCGAACCACCGCAAACCAGACCUGCAACUGCAACUGGUCUAGGUGAGUCCUACACCAGCACGAUCCCCUCACCAAUCCGAGGUUCAGACGACCACCCGCGACCUUUGUCCUCCACGCCCUACAGACAAGAUGGCCGCCUCCAUGGCAACAGUUCCCUGGGGCUGUCAGAGGUCACGACCUGGAGUCCUGAGGAGACCCUGGGGCCAUCUCGCACUCAGAGGAGAAGGGAAGAUGAUAUACCCAGAGAGUCAGUACGUGCCCCUGCCAACCCCAUGACUGUGGAUGAUCUCAUCGCUCGACCAGGGGAGCCUAGUGUGGUCGUCUUACCUGGUAGUGAGACAGAUUCUGAGCGAUCUGCCUCCCCUCCUCUACAUGAGUCCACUGUCCUUGGUGCUGAACGUGGUGUUAUGGAGCCAGAGACAGACAUCCCCUCCCCACAGCCACUCCCAGCACAGGGACCACAGGACAGCAGACCUGUACCAUCACCCAGGAGACAGGACACUGUACCAGAGAUAAGACAAGGUGAAAGAUGGUCUACCCUGGAAAUGGAGAGGCCAUCACAGAACUGGGCACAGGAGGAUAGGAGACGGCAGGAGGAGAAAGAAAGGUAGACUGUUCUGUGGGAUU